GCAUUUCCGGCAGUGGAUUGGCAUUGUUCUCUGAAGUGGGAACGGGUGACAUGAUGGCGGAUGGAUGGCGGGUUUGAUGAUGAUGAGAAGAAGGAGCGGGGCUAGAGCAACACCAAUUUCUCAACGUUCCAAGGCGACUCGGCGUCCCUUGAUUCAAUUGGUCAGAGGCGGGGAGCGGGGAGCCGGGUGGAGGAAGGGCCAGGAUCAUCGGAACGGAGGCAUCGGCAGGACGGAAAGGCGGCCAGAGGCUAGGCAGAAUUUCGACUUCGAGGACUCGGGAUGCAGCUGCGUGCGCUUCUCGCGUUCUGGAUAGCAUCAAUCAAGCAGUCAAGAUGGCAAAGAGGAGAAGAAAGACACGCACGCAUCUCAAGGGCCCCAACAAUUCCUCGGGCUCAUCGAGCAAUGCGCCCAAAUCCUUUGUCAUUCGCAGCGGCAAGGUAGGACGUAGUGUUGGCGGCCUUGUCGCCGACGUUCGAAAGACAAUGGAGCCAAAUACGGCCAGUCGAUUGAAGGAGCGCAAAUCAAACAAGCUUCGCGAUUUUGUGGCCAUGGCUGGCCCACUAGGCGUCUCUCACUUGAUGGUCUUCAAUCAGACGGACGCUGGCGUCAAUCUGCGUAUCGCUAGGUGUCCCCGUGGGCCCACUUGCACGUUCAGAGUCAACAAAUUCGCCUUGACCAAUGAUAUCAUCCACAGUCAGAGGAGGCCAAGAGCGCCGGGUGGAGAGUACAAUACACAGCCCUUGCUCGUCCUCAAUAACUUUGGGGGAGAAGCUCGUCACUUGAAGCUAUUGGUAACCGUCUUUCAGAACCUCUUCCCGCCUAUCCAAGUACAGACGAUGCACCUCUCGCAGGCACGUCGUGUCGUGCUCCUCUCCUACAACGCUCAGACCGAGACCAUCGAAUGGCGCCACUUUCUCAUCUCCGUCCGCCCAGUGGGCGUCUCGCGCUCAGUGCGUCGCGUAGUAGAAGGUACGACGAAGCCUGGCGGCAGCAACAGCGCUGCUGGUCCAUCGUCUGCUGGGGCCCCCGCCAAGCGCAAAGGGGGCAAAGGUAUCCCGAAUUUGGGAAACGUAGGCGACAUCAGCGAGUACGUCCUUGGCCGAACUACUCGUGCCGGUUCAACAGGCGCAGCGAGCGAUACGGACGCCUCUGAGGCCGAGUCCGAGGUCGAGGACAUGAAUGAUCCCAACAAUGCAGUCGAGCUCUUCCAGCGCUACGUCGGCAGGGGCAAUGACGCCAAUAAGCAGCGCGCCGUCAGGCUGAGAGAGAUUGGGCCGAGGAUGGAGCUCAAGUUGAUCAAGAUUGAGGAGGGCAUGGCAGGCGGAGAGACGCUGUACCACGACAGAGUCAAGAAGACGGCCAAGGAAGCCGCUGAGCUCAAGUCGUCUACGGCUGCUAAGGCGAAGCUCAAGGACGAGAGAAGGAAGGAGCAAGAGGCCAAUGUGCAAAGGAAGAAGGCCGAGAAGGAAGAGAGGAAGGGUGCGGCCAAGGCUGAGGCUGCAGAUGACGAGGAGGACGUAGAAGAGGAGAACGACGACGACGAAGCACUCGGUCUCGACGACGAUGCUGACGCCGGUGAGGAGGAGGAGGAAGAUGAAUUCGAGUACGAGGAUCGCUUCGGGCCUGGAAGCAAGUCAGCCGUCGGGGAAGACGACGAUGACGAGGCAGACCUCUUCGAUGAAGACGAUGACGCCGGAGAACUCGACGAGGACGACGAUGAGGAGGAACUUUCGGACGAGGAAAAGUCAUUCGAUGACGGCGACGACGAGUCCGACCUGGAACCGAUUGCGCUCAAUGGCGGCCUGCAAGCGUACAGCGAUAGCGAUGAGGCGCCGAUGGACGAUGAAAUGGACGACGGCGAUGAGGAGGAAGACGAUGAGGGAGACGAGGAUGAGGACGAUGCAGCACCUCCUGCUCGAGGCCAAGCCAAGCGAGCCAAGGUCGCACCAUCGGCUGCGCCGCCCAGGCCUCCCAAAGGCGGCAAAGGCAAAGCUGGAGGACGCCGUCGUUGAUGGUCUUUACGGAGGAUAGGCUCUUCCCCCCUUGUACGUGUAGGUAUCCACAGGUCGUGUUCAAUCGCAGCAUCAUCUAUGGCCUUUGCUCAAUUGUGGACGUGGACGCGGAUACGGAGCGGUGCAGGCUCUUCGCCUCGUCUCUGCUCGCGGAGCGCGGCUGACUGCCGCCAAUCCGAUGCUGACGCCCGCUUUGAAGACAGGCAGCCGCGACCACGCUCGUUC